UGUUGAUAAUACAAAACCUAUUACCAUUCCGAAGCUGUUCCAAAUCAUGGCAAAUUUGGUGUUACUCACUUUACUAGCUUUGGGAUCAGUAGCAUCUUCCAAAUAUAUUGAUCCUAGAAUAGCUGGAGGCGAAGAUGCUCCUGAAGGCUCGGCUCCGUACCAAGUAUCAUUGAGAGAUCAGAACCUGGAGCAUUUCUGUGGUGGUUCCAUCUUGAACAAACGUUGGAUUGUAACAGCUGCACAUUGCCUAAACGCUGGCAUUUUAAAAUCCGUCUAUUUGGGAUCAAACUCAUUAGAUGGCGAUGGUACAUACUACGACGUCGAACGUUUUGUGAUGCAUGAUAAAUAUACACCAAGAAUCACUGUCAACUAUGCUGAUAUUGGUCUAAUAAAAGUGGCAAAAGACAUUGUAUUCGGUGACAAAGUCCAACCGAUCAAAAUUAGCAAGAGAAACAUCAAGGGUGGUGAAAUUUGCAAGGCAACUGGUUGGGGUCUAUUAGGUUCUGUGGACUCAGUACCAAACGAAUUACAACAAGUAGAAACCACUGCAAUAACAGACGAAAAGUGCUUUGAAUUGACUCAAUUCAUUGACCCAACUUCGCAAAUAUGUACAUUCAGGGAAUUUGGUAGAGGCAUUUGCUUUGGUGAUUCUGGUGGACCACUAGUUUACAAAAAUGAACUUGUUGGCAUUACAUCGAUGCACUUAUACUCCUGCAGAGGUGGCAGGCCAGAUAUUUUUGUGAAAGUGCGAGAUUUCCAAUCCUGGAUUAAUUCUGAAAUUGAAAAAAAUUAAAUAGAUUCCAAUCAUGAUUUGUUAUAAUGAAAAAUGGUUUAAUAAAGGCAGCAUAAUUUAAAA